AUGACCGCCGCAGCGUCCUCGUCGCCCGCCCGCGGCCUCCGCCUCUCGUACCUGCGCCACUUUAUCAACAGCCAUGGCGGCGAAACCAGCUUUGCUGGCAAGACGACAGCCCAAGUCUGCUUUGAGUUUGUCGUGCCAUUGACCAAACCAACCGAGCUCUCGCUCGUCGACCACGUCGCCAACGACCCGUCGACUGCCGCCUACGUCUCACCAGCCAACUGGUAUGUCUCGCAUGCCUGGCAGUAUCUCUUCUUGGAGACCGUCGACAGCCUCAAGCGCUUCUUCGCCGACCGCGGCCUCUCGGACAAGGCGGUCAUUUGGUUUUGCGUCUUCAACAACAACCAACACCUCGCGAGCUCGUACCCGUUCGAGUACUGGUCGACAACGUUCAAGAAUGGUCUGGCAGCCAUCGGCAACGUCGUCAUGAUCAUGCACCCGUGGAACGAUCCGAUAGUGCUUCGUCGGAGCUGGUGCGUCUCUGAGGUGUAUGUGGCUGUGACCAUGGGCGCGCGCUUUGAAAUUGCACUUGCUCAAGAUCAAGAAGCGACAUUUCUCAAAGAUAUUGCAGACAACUACGCCUUUUACACGAUGCUCUCAACAAUCAAGAGCGAGGACUCGGAGACGACCGUGCCCUCGGAUCGCGACGGCAUUUUCAAAUUGAUUCGCGCCGAGACGUCAUUCCUAGCCGUCGACCGGCUCAUUUUUUCGACCUUGUCGUCCUGGAUCAAGACGACGCUCGAGACAUCAAUCGCUGCAUCGUUCUCGCCAGAGAGCAAGGCCUUGCGGUGGCGGCAACUCGGUCUUUUGUUCGACAACUUGUAUCGCCGCGCGGAGAGCGAGCAAUGUUUCCGAGAGGCGCUCUGCUUGUCCUUGCAAGUGCAUGGCCCGGUCCACAGCGACACUCUUUUGCUGCAGUCGCUGGUCGCGUUUGCGAUGGGCCACCAGCGCAAGCUCCGGUCCGAGUGGGAGCCACUGCUUCGGUCAACGGUCUCGACCGCCAUGCAGCAUCUCGGGGAGACGCAUCUGACGACGCUGGCGGCGCGCAGCAACUGGGUGUCGUCGCUUCGCCACAACGGCGCCUAUGCCGAAGCAUUGUCGCUGGCACUCGAAGACUUCAACGUCCGGCGAUCGAUGCACGGCCUUUUCCAUCGGCUCACGGCCAAGCUCAUGACGACGAUCGGAAACCUCUUCUACUCACUCGCCGAGCUGCGCCUCGCCGCGCGCUGGCUCCACAAGGCGCACACGAUACACAACACGCUUUUGGGCAGCGACCACGUCGAUACGAUUGGGACGCUGGUCGAACUCGUCGCCGUGCGGCUGCUAAUGGGCCAAGGGGCGACGAUGGUCACGCUCGCCGAGCAUGUCGCAUGCUCUCGCGAACGCACGCAUGGUGCCGACGAUACCGAAUUGAUUGCCAGUCGCGUGAACGUGGCAGCGUGUGCGCUCAUGGCCGGCGAUACCUGCGCGGCCACGUCGCAGCUGCUCGCGCUGGAGGCCCACCACCCAGCCCACCACCCGAGCCUCAUCAACG